GAUGACCUUAAAUGUCCGGAAGCGCUCUAUAUAAGCUAGUUGAUGUACUUUCUUAUCCAAAGUGAGAAUGUCGAGUAGACGAUCUGGCAAUCUGCGCACUUAUUUGGAUAAAAAAUUCAAACCCACCUUUGAUCAGUACGGUACAAAAGAUGGUAUUCCAUUGUCUGAUUUGAAGAGACUUCUCGGGAAGUCUGACCUACCAGAAUCAAAAGUUCACAAUAUUGUGGACUCAGCCGAUAAAGAUGGAGACCAGUUCAUUACUUACGAUGAGUUCCUAAAACAAGUUCUAUCUGAGGAUGAAGGAACUCUCCGGAGACUGCGUAUUCACAAACGAGUCCUCAAUCGUGCAGUGCUGGCUAUAGCACCGGAUUGUGGACGCGAGUAUCAACGGACUGUUGCUGUAAACUCUGGUUACGAUUCUAUCGAUGGCUACAAUUGGGGUGAAGCAGAUGUUGAUAAUUAUGUACAGGCGUAUGACUGUCGUCCUCCUCCUAUAUUUAUCCCUUUGAUAACUAUUGCUGAGAUUGUAGUUUUUAUUUACUACGUUGUUACUUACAACAACAAACCUAGCUCUUCCAGUAUCGUCACAGCGUCAUCUGGUGUCCCAAUUGAUAGUAUACUUAUUUAUAACCCAACUAAACGUCAUGAAGUAUGGAGAUUUUUAACCUAUAUGUUUAUUCAUAAUGGUUAUGUGCAUCUAGCUUUCAAUUGCUUACUUCAAGUUGUACUUGGUCUUCUACUUGAAAUUGUUCAUAAAUUUUGGCGAGUUGGAUUAGUUUAUUUGUUAGGCGUUAUUGCAGGUUCUUUAGCUCAUUCUGUGAGUGACCCAUUUGUUUUGUUGGCAGGAGCUAGUGGGGGCUGUUAUGCACUUAUUGGCGCUCAUUUAGCUACUGUAAUAAUGAAUUGGGAUAUAAUGCAAGAGGGAUGGCUGAAAGAUCCUUUAAACUUUAUAUCAAGUGGUGUUGUCAGGUUAAUUCUAAUUAUUCUACUUGGUGGUGGUGAUACUGGAUUAGCCAUUUAUGCUCGAUUGAAAAACCCAGAUGAAAGAACACGUGUUGGUUUUUCUGCUCAUUUCGGUGGAUUUAUAGCAGGUCUUUUAUUAGGUGUAGUUAUUUUGCGCAAUUUAAAGGUGGAAAAGUGGGAAAAAGUUUUCUUUUGGAUUUGUAUUCUUUUCUUCGUCCUAUUUUCUAUAGCAGCUAUCUUAUUCAAUGUAUUUUGUGUAAGAAUUAACAAAUGCCCUGCCUCUAUAUGGAAUACCUAAAAAAUUCAAUCAGAUUUUUAUUAUUUUUUUGACAGAGAAUUUAUGCAUUCUUGUUCUGUGAAAACACACUUUUCCAGAUUGUGGACCUAAUUUUUUACUUCAACGUAUGUAUGUAACUAAUCAAAGCACUGUGUGUUUUUGUGAUUGUGCCUGAGUGUGCGCCUGCUUUCGUUGGCUUCCUUUGUUAACUCUUUCUCCUUUAAGGAAUUAUCUAAAAUAUACUAUUUUUGGAAACCGUUUAUACUUUUUCCGUUUCCCAUUUUUAUUGAAUAUAAUGCCUUACUUGUUAUUAUCAUUUUUGUCUAACUUCGUUGAUCUCUAGUGGUUAGUAUACAUUUUAUCAUGAAACACAUACUUUGUUUGUUUUAUAAAAAAAGACGGGUAAAUACUGUCUGACUCAUAGAAAGGAAUUAGCGUAUUUAUUCUUAUACUUGGACGCUUUCUUAUGCUUUAUUUGCAUGACUGAUAUUAAUGUGGUACAUGCUGACACUAAAAUACAAAUUGUUGUUUUCGUAUAUCUCGUGUUCUAAAGUCUAGUCCUAGUGACUUUUGUUUAUUUAUUUAUUUUUUUGGAUCCAUAAUCAUCUCUGGAUAUUUUGAUUGGAUAAACUUUUGUUUUGUCUCAUUAAAAUCGAUUUAUUAGUAUUAUUUGGUUGUGUAUCAGACAAUCUAAGCUAGGUAGAUAUAAUAUCAUUAUCUUUCGUUUUGUAAUGUAUCAGCGUAGCAUACAUACAUAGAGGAAUUUUUAGUUUUUGUGUAUAAAUGUAAGGGUUCAUGAAGCGUCAGUAAUGAGUAUUUAUUUUUUAGAGAAAAAUAAAACGAAUAAAAUAGGACAAUUUAGAUAAAUAAUAGAAAGUAAUGAAGUGAGAUUACUUAUUUUUAGUUAAGAUUUUUGUUUAAUUCAUUUUGUUUAUAUGGUUUUUUCAACUGCUUUGUUCACAAUUUAUAUGACUAAGAUUGAUCAAUAUUUUGUUCCUGUUGCAUAAAUUGUAAAGGUAUUCUUUUUUAAAUAGAUGUAUUUGUAUGCGUUGCGCAAUUAGAAACUUUAUAUUAUUAUUGUUUGCUAGUGUAUACUUUCUAAAAUAUAUUUGUGUACUUAAUAAA